UCUUCACUUUUCCAUCUCUCCGUACUCAUCGUCUGAAAUCUGAAAGAACACACACACUAACACACAUUAACACACAUUAACACACCCAUCGAUGAGCGACUCGAAGGGCAUCUUGUUUGUCUGCUUUGGGAACAUUUGCCGUUCGCCGAUGGCCGAGGCGCUCUGUGCACACCUGCUUCGGGCGUCAGAGCAAGUGGAGCAAACCGCAUCUGCAUCAACACAGCCGCACUCGCGGUCGCUGCGGUGGUUUGUGGGCUCGGCAGCCACCUCCGAUUGGAACGACGGCCAGCAACCCGAUCCACGGACAUUUAAAAUCUGCCGCCACCACGGCGUCUUCCUCUCGCACGUCUGUCGACAGGUCGUCGAGGAUGAUUUCGAUCACUACGACUUCAUCCUGGCCAUGGACCGAGAAAACUACAAGUAUUUGCAGACAAUGAAGGCUGGCUCGUCCAAAGGCGCACGACUUGAACUGCUGGGCGAUUACGACCCUAAAGGCGUUCGUGAGAUUCUGGACCCGUUUUAUGGCGAUGAACAAGACUUUGAAAAUGUGUAUCAGCACAUAUUGCGAUGCCUAAAGCCAUUUUUGACAAAGCACUGCAAUCGUCCGUUUGUGUUUCAAUAAAGUCGGCGGAUGGCCAAGGCUCCGUUUUUCACUCUGUUGUUACUUCAACAC